GGGGGGGGGCGGGCGUUCCAGCCGCUCCUUUGUUGGCCGGGCCGGUUGCCUAGCGAAGCGCGGAGAGCCCGAGCCGGCGAGGACGGAGCCCCAUGGCCCCGGGGCGGGCGCGGCGGCUGGCGCUGGCGCUGGCGCUGCUGCUGGGCUGCGGGCUGGGCGGCGGGCUGGACGACGAGGACGAGGCGCUGGUCUCGGCGCCCCCCGAGCUGCUGGCCAAGCUGCCCGCCGCCGCCAAGGCCACGGUGGCGGCCGGCUACCUCAACCCGUCGGAGGCGGAGGCGGCGGGCACCAAGGAGCUGCCGCUGGUGGCCGCCACCCCGCCGGGGCCGCCCUCGGCCCGCUCCCCGCCCCACGGGACGGCCAUGAUCGUGGGCGACACGCGCUUCGCCUGGCAGGAGUGGAGCGCCUGGCACUGCAACUGCGCGGCCGGCAGCAUGUCCCGCGUGCGCGACAUCACCUACGCCCGGCCCGCCGCGCGCCUCGACCCCGCGCAGUACGACCUGCUGCGCUUCCAGCGCCUGGUCUGCAGCUACGCGCUCUGCGCCUGCAGCCGGCCCAAGCGGCAGUGCGACCUGCUGACCCCCGCCUGCGACCUGGGCCAGAUGCACCUGUGCGCCUUGCGCGACAUCCAGCGGGACCAGGAUGAGAAACGGCGCCGCUUCUGGGCGAAGGUCAACCGCGGGCUGAAGGCGCUCUGGCGCAGCCUGAAGGAGGCCUUCCCCAGGGACAAGAAGUCGAAAACAAUUCAAGUGAAGAGCGGCCACUGACCACGGGUUCAAAAAAACGCCGGAGCAGAGCAGCCUGACUGCGGCAACACCGAGUCGAUAUCAUUCACAAGACCCCUGCCCGAAUUUUUUUCCCCUCACAAAGCGAAUGAGUUUAUUUUCAAGAAAUUGAAAGGACCCUUGGUUUGGGCAAAGCAUCUGCUUUUUUAGCACGUAGCAUUUCCCUCUCUUCCGCCCUAAGUGACCCUUAAAAAAAAAGGAUUUUUAGCUUUAUUGGGCAAGAAUUUUCCAAAGAGGGCCCUUCCCCUCCCCCUUUGUGCUAUAAAGACUUAAUAAAAUGCUGAUUCCUACA